ACAUUUCCCACUUGCCAGGAUCUCCAGUUUAUUCACAAAACCACACAGAGAAGCAUAAUUGGAGUGAAGGAAUAUGUGUAUGUGAGACCAUCAGAGCCAGCCAUGAAAGCCCUGAAUUUAAACAGUCCUCUCGUGCGUCCUCUUGUAUUUAUGCUUCUCGUCACCUGGAGAUGUCAGGCUUCACCUCCACCUCAAGAUCUAUUGGAUGCUCCUACAGAUAGUGAUGUAUUUUCACUCAUUUCCUCAAACGGGCCAUCUCCUAGUACCACAGAUAGUGAAAAGUUAUUGCAACAUACCUCAAGAGAACUAUCUGAAACUGCAACAGAUAGUGAGAUGUUAUUGCAUCCUACUUCAACAAAACCAUCUGCUAGUACGACUAUUAGCACGACAUUAUUGAGUCCUAACUCAAUAGUAAUCGGUGCGUUUACAACUGAUAGUGAGAUGUCACCCCAUCCUAACUCAACAAAUCUACCUGAUGCUACAACUGAGAGUGAGAUCUUGCUGAAUUCUACUUCAACAGAUACACCCACUAAUACCACUGAUAGUGAAACAUUCAAACACGUUAAUAAUGCUACCACCAUAAAGAUUCCUCACAAUAGUGAUACCUCGUCAAGGUAUUUGCUAGAGAAGUCUCCACCCACUGAGGUCCCUGUGGCUGCUUAUUCUGAACUCCCUGCUACGUCUGACUGUUUAGAAAGCCUUGACUUUGAGAGUUCUGCUCCUGUGUCUGAAGAACCAACAGGAUUCAACUGUCAAUACCCCACCACAGUGACAUUUCAGACCACCGGCAGUGGAUCCUGGCACAGCGGGACCCUAUCACCCUCGGAGGUGCACACCACCCCGCCUGCUCAGGUUAUAUCCACAGACGAAGCGCGAGUAACUCCAGUGACCAUGUCCACACCACAGCCGUUACCAUCGGCUACCAUCAGGCCAUCACCCACACCAGCCUCUCGGCAACCUCAGGACCCUGGAGUUGAUCCAAUGGUCCGUCCAUCAGUUCAACAGGAUGUAAACUCUCCAGACAAGUGCGGAGAUUCAGCCAUGGAUCUAGUCUUUCUGCUGGAUGGAUCAAAGAGCGUUCUCCCUCAGAACUUCGAGAAGGUCAAGGAUUUCGUCAACGGAAUUGUGGAUUCCAUCAGCAUUGGGCGGCAGGGCUCCAGGGUGGGAGUGGUCCAGUACAGCAGUAAUGUCAGGACCGAGUUCACCCUUGACCAACACCGCACCAAAGAGGAGAUCAAAGAGGCCGUGAAGAGGAUCUCGUACAUGCAGGAGGGGACAGCCACUGGCAGGGCCAUCCGCCAUCUCAUCGAGAAGAGCUUCUCAGGGGAGGAAGGUGCCAGGUGCCUGAGUCUGGGUGUGCGGAGAGUGGCUAUCGUGGUGACAGACGGCAGGUCGGCUGAUGAUGUCACGGUGCCCGCUCGCGCCGCGCACCACGCCGGAAUUGUCCUCUUCACGAUCGGAGUGACCGGAAGCACGGACGAGACGGAGCUGAGAGCCAUGGCCUCCCAACCCCACAGCCAGUACCUGCAUCACGUGGACGACUUUAAUUUGCUAGAAAAGGUCAAACUGCAGCUGGCGGGCGGUCAGUGUAAGCUGAGGCUGUGUCAGGGCACGGUAGGGAGUGAGAGGGCUCCAGGGGUUGACUUUCUGAAGGAAUUCCAGGUGUCUGAAUCAGAGGACAUUACACAGGUGAAUGGAUCUCAACCUCAGAACACAGCUUUCCGCCUCAGUCCUUCAGUCCAGCUGAAAAAGGAAAUGGGAGAUUUGUAUCCAGAUGGGAUUCCUUCCGAAUAUUCCAUCAUAGCCACGUUCAAAAUGCUGGGAGACGCAUCCCGGAGCAUUUGGAAUUUAUGGGAAGUUAGCGACGCUGACGGAAGGGAACAAGUUGGCAUCCGUUUCUUCGGAGACUCAAAAUCCCUGGACUUUUUCUAUAGAACUCCCUCUGACACACUGAUGUUCCAAACCUUCACCACCGUCGAUGUACUUUUUGAUGGUUCAUGGCACAAGUUACUGCUUAGUGUGAAAAAGAAUGAGAUCACAUUACUGAUAGACUGUAAGGAGGUCAGCACUGCCCAGGUUAAUGACAAGCAGCCGAUCAGUGGGAAUGGUUACACAUCAAUAGCAAAACGAGCCCUGGAAGAUUCAUCAGUUUCACUCGAUCUGCAGCAACUGGAGCUGUAUUGUAAUGCGGACAAAGCCUUUUCAGAAGGAUGUUGUGAGCUUUCAGAUCUGUGUGACGGAAGUGUAGAGUACAGUCUUGCUGGGGAUCUACCGCAUUGCAAGUGUUCCCAUGGACAACCAGGAGCACAGGGUAGUACAGGUCCACAGGGGCAGGAAGGGCAAAAAGGCACAGCCGGAGAGCCUGGAAGACCAGGAAACCAGGGCAUAAGAGGUGACACAGGCGCUUAUGGGAGGUUUGGUGACACCGGACCUCAGGGCAUCGUUGGAAUAAAGGGAAACAAAGGAGUGUCAGGAAGACCAGGCCAAAGUGGUGUACCAGGUCCUAAAGGAUACAAGGGAUUUCAAGGAGGUGUGGGGUUUAAGGGAGUGUUGGGAGAACCUGGAGCAAGAGGAGAAGUAGGGCCAAAAGGUGAAAAGGGAGCUAGAGGCAUCGUGGGACAAGAAGGCAUUUGGGGAUUUCCAGGAAUAAAGGGUGACGAGGGGUUCCAUGGUGUCAAAGGCGACCAAGGCCCACCAGGAACCAGGGGUCUUGUGGGCGAUCCAGGAUUGCAGGGUUACCAGGGCACAAAGGGAAAACCUGGUCUUCCAGGGUUCUCUGGGAACAAAGGAGAUACAGGACCAAAGGGUACGGUUGGCGACCCAGGUCAGCCUGGGAGAGAUGGAAUUCCGGGAAUAGAGGCGUAUCAAGGAAAACAGGGGCAGAAGGGAAGACAGGGCUCCGUUGGACCGAAGGGAGAGAAAGGGUAUCCAGGACAUCGAGGCCUCGAAGGUCCGAUGGGAAAAACGGGCCAAAAGGGCCAAAAGGGUGAUACAGGAAUCCCUGCGAGACCAGGUUUUUUUGGAAAUCCUGGAAUUCAAGGUCAUGAAGGCGAUCCAGGAGUAAAAGGAUCUAAGGGUAAACCAGGCUCCGAGGGAGCUCAGGGCCGUGAAGGACAAAAGGGUGAAAAAGGAUCCAAGGGGCCAAAGGGAGAACCUGGUGACCUGGGACAACAUGGCCCAUUGGGACAUAAGGGCAACAGAGGCACUCCGGGGGAAACAGGCAACCGGGGGCCGCUUGGAGAGAGGGGUGUGACUGGUGAUGUCGGGCCUGCCGGGUACCGGGGACCAGCUGGACCUCCGGGUCCAAUUUUGGCAGCCAGUCAUGUGAUUGAGGUCUGCAAGAAACUUAUUCUUGAACAGAUGUCGAUGUUCACGAAUAUUGUGAGAAGGAAAUGCACCAAAGCUUGUCCGCUUUACGGGGAUGUUCCAAUGGGACCUCCUGGACCUGUCGGAGAGAAUGGGAUGCGUGGAGUACCUGGUAACCCGGGAAUCAAUGGGCAAGAUGGUGAACAAGGUCUGGAAGGAUUCUACGGAGAAGUAGGUGACCCAGGAACCGAUGGACCUAAAGGUGAAGAAGGAGUUAGAGGUGAUAAAGGUUCUCGUGGUGUUGGCCUGCCUGGUUUUAUAGGAGAACAAGGAGCAAGAGGUGAACGUGGGAGAAAAGGAUCGAGUAUACCUGGACAACCAGGCCAGCAUGGCCCGCGUGGCCAUAGAGGGCAGCACGGCUUAAGAGGGCAUCAGGGACCCAUGGGCACUCCAGGCGUGUGCCUAGCCAGAGGCUGUGACCUUGGGGGUGUUUCCGAUGCUGCAAUUCCCAAUGAAACUGAAAACCGACCUCCUCAGAGACGUCCCCUCCCGCUCUCACAGAGCUUCAUCGAUCAGCAGGAGUAUGUGUAAAUUAGUCACAGCAACAAUGCUUGCAUUUGAUACGGGGCCUUUCACGUCAGGAGGACGUCUCAAAGCGCUUUGCAUUACUUACUGUAAAGUGUAGUUACUGUCUGUUUCGUGAGCAAGAUUAGCAGCAAAGUUGAGACUUUUUAUCCCCCUCAUUUGCUGUGGGCAAAUUGUCUGCCACUUUCGUCUAAAAGUACACAUUCAAUUCCCUGUAAAGCGCUGUGAGACGUUUCAGCAUUAUAGGGCUUGUGUCAAAAUGCAAAGCGAGUGAACGAGAGAACAGUGUUUGUUCAAGUUCUUCUUUUGUGCAAUUUCACCCACUGCCCUAUUCCUCCCACUACCCAUUCAAACAUGUGUUGAAAACGUUACUGAUUUAGGAGCAAAUUUAUGCAGAACAUCAUCACAGAACCACAAACAAAAUGAUGGAAAUAAGUGUAUGUAAAUAAAGACAGCUUGAAGCUUUUA